CUGUUGUUCUCCUCUUCGCUUCCAUUCCUUGUUCUUCUUCAAACAAAAUUACAUUCUCUCUUUCUCGUCAAAAAUUGGUUUUCUUUCCCCACCUGAGUUAUAUCUUCGAUCAUCUCUUCAAGCUUCUGGUUCUGAUUCCAUUAUUCCUGAGUUCUAUCAGUUUCUCUGGUGACGACAUAAGAACAAGUGAAUAACUUUUAAAAGGUGUAGCAUGGAGAACAGCACAAGCCAUGAGAUUGCAGAGCAUGGAUCGCUCGAAGUUCCAUCACUUAUUAAGUACAUAUCAUCAAAUGAAGUAGCUGGCUUUGAUAGCACCGAGACUGCUACAGAGUUACAAUUUCUCGGCCCAUCUGAUAAACAGGAAAUUCAAAAGGAUGAGGAAAAAGGACAAGGUGAUGAAUCUGUGGCUGUCAAUCAUCAAAGAAAGAUUUCUAUUUCUAUCAGCAUGCCACUUUCUCCGGAAGAAGUUCAGUCACACAACAAUGGUGAAACAAGUUUAGGAGAUGGUAUUCCCAAUUCCUCUUCUCAAUCAAACACUGAAGGAUCCAAACCACCACGCCAAGCAAAAUGCUAUUCUCAGCCGAUGCCGAAAGGCCAUGUGUACCCGGAAGAUACUGAAGGAAGAGUAAACUUUGGCCAAAAUCCACACAUCAACAGGUUGAAGGAUAACAGGUUUGAUCCAUUCAAGACAUUUUCUGGGAGACUUGAGAGACAGCUUUCAAUUUUCCGCGGAAAACCUCCCAAACAAGCGCCUGCAAAACAGGAAAAUAACAUAAACAACACAGAUAGGCCUUUAACAGUUGAUAGAUACUUCGAUGCAUUGGAAGGUCCAGAAUUGGAAACUUUACGGGCUUCAGAAGAGGCCGUACUUCCUCAAAAUGAAAGGUGGCCAUUUCUUCUUCGGUUUCCUAUCUCAUCCUUUGGUAUAUGCCUUGGAGUUAGUAGCCAAGCAAUUCUGUGGAAAACACUGGCCACAUCUCCUUCCACUGAAUUCCUUCACAUAAGCCUGGAAGUAAAUCUGGUCUUGUGGAUCAUCUCUAUCGCUCUUGUUGCAUCCAUUUUCACCAUGUACCUUCUCAAAAUCAUCAUCUACUUUGAAGCAGUCCGUCGUGAAUACUACCAUCCAAUCAGAGUCAACUUCUUCUUUGCUCCAUGGAUAGCUCUCUUGUUCUUAGCUCUUGGAGUUCCACCAUCACUGACCAAGUACCUGCAUCAUGCACUUUGGUACAUUCUCAUGGUUCCUAUCUUCUUUCUUGAGCUUAAGAUCUAUGGACAGUGGAUGUCGGGGGGCCAAAGGAGACUCUCAAAAGUGGCCAAUCCUUCAAAUCAUCUCUCAGUUGUUGGAAACUUCGUUGGGGCGUUGUUGGGUGCAUCCAUGGGUCUGAAAGAAGGGCCUAUCUUCUUCUUUGCUGUGGGGCUGGCUCACUACACAGUAUUGUUUGUGACUCUCUAUCAGAGGCUGCCUACAAAUGAGACUCUCCCAAAAGAGCUUCAUCCUGUGUUCUUUCUGUUCGUUGCAGCACCCAGUGUUGCUUCCAUGGCUUGGGCUCGCAUUCAAGAUUCUUUUGAUUACGGAUCAAGGAUUGCAUAUUUCAUUGCCCUCUUCCUUUAUUUCUCAUUGGCUGUGCGGGUCAACUUUUUCAGAGGAUUCAAAUUCUCUCUUGCAUGGUGGGCCUACACGUUUCCAAUGACUGGUGCAGCCAUUGCCACCAUAAGGUACUCAAACCAGGUCACCAACAUAGUCACAAAGGUUCUGUGUGUGAUUCUCAGUCUCAUCUCAACACUCACAGUAACAGCGCUUCUUGUAUCCACCGUUCUUCAUGCUUUUGUGCUCAAAGACCUCUUCCCCAACGACAUAGCCAUCGCCAUUAGUGACAGAAGAAGAAAACCACAUAAGAACAGGUGGUUCCCUCUCAGACAUGGAAGCAGUGAGCACUCCAAAGUGAUUGAAAAUUUCUUGAAGUUUUCAAACACAGAAGGUGAUGGUGACUUAGAAGCUGCUCUGAAACAACCUUCCAACCCUUUUGAGCAGCAUUGAUCAUUUACAUUAAGAUAUAUGUAUGAGCUUGUUUGGAUGCUUGUGAAGCUUUGAAAGAAUAAUGAGAUGUGAAGAAUCCUUCAGUGUGAGCUUCAUUUGUCAGACAUGUGAGGAACAUAAGUGAUAACCUAUGCUAUUCCCAUGACCAUGUCAGAGGAUGAAGGUUUUGUGUGAAAGAGAGGGGAAUUGUUUUUUUGUUUUUUUUGGUAGAAACGGUUCUUUAGAUUAUUUUGUAAAAUCGUCUGCUUGUCAAUGUAUCUGAGAGUAAAUUUUGGGUUUUGUAUAAAAAUAAAGAGUACGUUAUUACAUAAA